UCCGCAAGCUGCGUAGCGCUGGGGCGGACCAUUGUCAUUCGGGGCGUGGGGAUACACUGCAGUAGCCGCCGGGUUGGUCCUGCUCCGUGCCGGCUGCCGGGAGUGGGGCGGCGGAGCAAACAUGAAUGUUGGAGUUGCCCACAGUGAAGUGAAUCCAAAUACCCGUGUAAUGAACAGCCGGGGUAUGUGGCUGACAUAUGCAUUGGGAGUUGGCUUGCUUCAUAUCGUCUUACUCAGCAUUCCCUUCUUCAGUGUUCCUGUUGCUUGGACCUUAACAAAUAUUAUACAUAAUCUGGGCAUGUAUGUAUUUUUGCAUGCAGUGAAAGGAACACCUUUUGAAACUCCAGACCAGGGUAAAGCAAGGCUCCUAACUCACUGGGAACAACUGGAUUAUGGAGUACAGUUUACAUCUUCACGGAAGUUUUUCACAAUUUCUCCAAUAAUUCUAUAUUUUCUCGCAAGUUUCUAUACGAAGUAUGAUACAACUCACUUCAUCCUAAACACAGCUUCUCUCCUGAGUGUGCUAAUUCCCAAAAUGCCACAACUACAUGGUGUUCGGAUCUUUGGAAUUAAUAAGUAUUGAAAUGUUUUGAAACUGAACAAAAUUUUCUUACAGCUACUGAGUUUCCUAUAAGGAAGGAGUAGUUAGUAAACUGCACUGUUUCUGUGAUAAUGUGAAAUGAGAGGUAUUUACAUUGGAGGGCCUGUUGGGUUCUUCAUAUGCUGUUUGCAGCAUAUGAAGGUGCAGAUUUCCAUUAAAAGAUGCCUCUGUUUAAUGCAUCUGGUAUAUUUCUGAAGAGAGGCUUUAUGAGCUGGCUGGGCGGGCCCAGCUUAUAAGUAAAUGGCAACACAGUGAGGGUGUAGUAGAUGAAUACAAGGAAAUAAGAGAUUUGUAAGAAACUAGGACCAGCUUAACUUACAAUGAAUGGGCAUUACGUUAGGAAAAGAAAUUUCCAAUCAUUCAGUGACAGUCAGUUUAAGCAGACUUACAUGUAAACCAGAAUCAUCUCUUUAUAAGCUUAUUAAAGAUUGUUUUUAUUACCAUA